AUGGAUAAGAAGAAGGUUGUAGUUCCCUUGGUUUGCCAUGGACAUUCUCGUCCGGUUGUUGAUUUGUUCUACAGCUCGAUCACUCCCGAUGGGUUUUUCCUUGUCAGUGCUAGCAAAGAUUCCACACCGAUGUUGAGAAAUGGAGAAACCGGAGAUUGGAUUGGAACCUUUCAAGGGCAUAAAGGUGCAGUUUGGAGUUGUUGUCUAGAUAAACAUGCUCUACGUGCUGCCUCUGCAUCUGCGGAUUUUUCUGCGAAAUUAUGGGAUGCGUUAACUGGGGGGGAAUUGCAUUCAUUCGAGCACAAGCACAUAGUUCGGACAUGUGCCUUCUCAGAGGAUACUCACCUUCUACUAACUGGAGGUGUUGAAAAAUGUCUUCGCAUAUUUGAUUUAAAUCGACCUGAUGCACCCCCUACAGAAGUUGAAAAGUCUCCAGGGUCUGUUAGAACUGUUGCUUGGCUCCACAGUGACCAAACUAUCUUAAGUUCCUGCCUUGAUAUGGGUGGUGUGAGGUUGUGGGAUGUGAGAACUGGCACAAUUGUUCGAACCCUUGAGACCAAGUCUUCUGUAACCAGUGCUGAAGUGAGUCAAGAUGGACGCUACAUAACAACCGCAGAUGGGUCAACUGUUAAGAUCUGGGAUGCAAAUCACUUUGGAUUGGUGAAGAGCUAUGAUAUGCCCUGUGUUGUGGAAUCAGCUUCAUUGGAACCUAAAUAUGGUAAUAAGUUCAUUGCUGGAGGAGAAGACAUGUGGAUUCACGUGUUUGAUUUUCAUACAGGGGCAGAAGUUGGAUGCAACAAAGGUCACCAUGGUCCAGUGCACUGUCUUCGUUUCUCCCCUGGAGGUGAAUCUUAUGCCUCAGGAUCAGAAGACGGGACUAUCAGAAUAUGGCAGACUGACUCUUCGACUUACAAGGAGAUAAACUCUUCAGCUGCUAAUGGAGAGGUGAAGAAUGGAGCUGAUAAAAUUACUCACCAGAUGGAGAAAGUUGAUAUUGCCAAAGAAGCGAAAAAUGAUGGCAGUGAAAAGACAGUCGAGGAAAAGGCAACAGUUGCUAACUAA